AUGGCAACUUGCCCUCUUGGAUUUGGCGGUCAGGGAGCUGGAAAGGAUGAACUAUCGCCUUAUCACUGUGUCCUUUGCCGGGGCCUGCUGCACGACCCCGUCGUCACAAGCGGCUGUCGCCACACCUUCUGCGCGUUCUGCGUGCGCCGCUUCCGUGAUUGCCCUGUUUGCGGCGCCGACAUCGAUAGCACCAAGCCUGACACCUCUUUAGCUUCCACAAUAAACAAAAUACUACUGGGCCACGCGAAGCUCAUGUCCAAGCCAUCCGCUGCAGCACCGCCGCCGGGCAUCUGCCCCGCUGCCAUCGCUGCCUCGACCUCCGCGAAACCAGCCUCCUGCCCCGUGACCUCCGCUGGCAAGGCCCCGGCUGGCUCCGGAACCUCGGAAUCGAACCUAGACCUUCCAUCAUUACUGCUGCAGCUCGCGCUUCAGUCCUUGGCCGGAGGCAACCCCGAGGCUGGCUUGGCCCGCCUGGACUUGUGCACGGACGCCCUGGUCGCGCCGCCAAAAGACCCAGCCGCCCCUGGAACUCCCCCUUCCGAGCCCGCCUACCAAAUCACGACCACUAAUACCGCUGAUGUUGCAGCUUCUACUGCCACUGCCGCAGCCAGCCUCGUUCCUGCGGUCGCUGCCGCCGAUGCAGCAGCUUCCCACCCCACCACCCUUGACGAGGACCAGGUCUUGCGCCCGCACCUCGCGGCGGCGGCAAAGGCCAGCUCCGAAACCGCCAUCCGGCUGGGCACUAUCCUCGGCUGCAAGGCCGACUGCUACCGCCGUCUUGGCGAUCCUGCCGCUGCGCUGCGUUACUACGCUGCCAGCUUGAUCUGCCUGGCUCAUUGGCGGGGCCGCAGCAGAGAAGCGGACUCGGCAAUCUCUGUGACCCACAACAAACAGGGCGAUUUGCUAUUCAUGUCGGGCCGCCUGGCAGAGGCGAAGGAGCAGUAUGAGGCCGCGCUGGAGAUACGGCGUGAGGUUGUGUCUGCAGGGCCACCGGUGAGGGAGACGGUUGCCAAGGGCGCGAAUGGCGAGGCGGCAUUGGCAACGGGAGCGGGUGCGGAGGGAUGCGCGCAGGUGGCGGUUGUCCAGGACUUGUGUGAUUUGGCUGUCAGUUUGUGCAAAGUCGCGGAUGUGGGUUUUAUGCUGAAGGAGGAGGCGGAGCAGCUGCGUCUGCGGGAGAAGCCGCAGCAGGGAGUGUCGGAAGGGCAAGCAGCGGACCCCGCGGUAGAGCCUAACCAGGCGGCGGAUGAGACAGAACAGGAGGAUAAGCAGCAAGGGGAGCAGCACGAGCAAGAUCAAAUCUACAUGGCCAAGUUAGGCGAUCUGCUGAGUGAGGCACGAGGGGUGCUGCUACGCUCAGAACUUCUGCCGUACGCGCGAGCCUGCGGACUGGCGGCGGCGGCAGUGGCGGGGGGAAGCAACGGGCAGGCCCGGGGAAGGCAAGGUAGUGGCGGAGGCGGUUGGGAGGCUGCGCUCGCGCCGCCGCUGGUGACGCGGUACGGCAAGGUUUGGGGUGCCAUGGAGCAGCUGAAUGGCAGGCUGCGGGAGAUGAAGCAGAAGAGAUAA